CAGACGUCAAAAUAGAAUAAUUUGUAGUAGAAAUAGUAGAAUCCACUUCCAGCAAUAUGGACUUGAAAUGGUGUUGAAAUUAUUUUCCUGUUUAUAUUUUUACCUUUAUCGAGAUUGUUGAUCUUAGAUUACAAUACAGUUGUCAUCUCAAACGUUUGUGCUAUACUUUAUUUAAAUUGGUGGUUCCUGUAGAUAUAUUUUCGACAAUAUAUUCCUACAACGAAAACACAAAACAGCUUCAGGCUCUCAACUCAUUCUAUCCUCCGACAUUCUCGCAUCGAAAGAUGGGCACGUGGACGCAACAGUGAUCCGUCAUCGACCAUGCUAGGCUCCCUCGACAACGAUGUCACCCCUUGCGUUGCCGGCCAACGCAAGAAGAGGUUCCCCGGCCGCUGGUCUCUGAGACACCUCAUCUAUUCUAGUCCGAUAUUGAACAGGAGGCGCGGCCAGAACGCCUCGGAACCAUCGAAAUCUCACAAGAGAGAAGGUAGAGAUGUUCCAGAUGGAAAAGUAGGAACUAGUUCCAAGGAGAAUGAAAGACAUCAUGUACAAAUUCAUCAAGCUACUAGUCGAACUUCUGUUUACACCACAAGCACGAAGAGUGGGGACGCAGCCCCGACUUCGUUGGAGUGCCCUCUGUGUUUCGCCGAACUAACGCCGGAAGAUUUCUGCGAAUUAGAAGGAUGCGGGCACAGGGCUUGCAUCUGUUGCUUCCAGCAGUAUCUCCGCGUGGAAAUCACCGAAUCUCGCAUUUGUAUCUCUUGCCCGGAAUGUCUCGAACCCAUGCAUCCUAACGAGAUCCGAUCGAUCCUGAACAAUCCGGCGCUCUUCACCAAAUACGAGGACUUCAUGGUGCGUCGUGUCCUGGCCGUAGACCCCGACGCCAGAUGGUGUCCGGCGCCGGACUGCUCGUUCGCCGUGAUAGCGAGCGAGUGCGCCAGCUGUCCGAAGCUGAAGUGCGAGCGGCCCGGCUGCGACUCGUUCUUCUGCUAUCACUGCAAGGCCGAAUGGCAUCCGAAUCAGACGUGCGACGCGGCGAGGGCGCUUCGAUCGCCGCACGUGAGAGCGUCUUCGAUCAGCUAUAGUCAGGAUUCUCAACAUAGAGAUGACAUAAAACCCUGCCCACGAUGCCAAGUGCUCAUAGUGAAAAUGGAUGACGGUUCUUGUAACCAUAUGAUGUGCGCCGUAUGCGGCGCCGAAUUUUGUUGGCUGUGCAUGAAAGAAAUCAACGAUCUUCACUUCCUCAGUCCUUCCGGUUGCACCUUCUGGGGCAAGAAACCCUGGUCGAGAAAGAAGAAGAUCUUGUGGCAGCUGGGCACUCUGGUCGGCGCUCCUGUCGGCAUCGCCCUGGUGGCGAGCAUCACCAUUCCCGCAAUGGUGAUUGGCAUUCCAGUUUGGGUAGGGAGGAAAUUGUAUGCGAGGUAUAAGACUGCCGGUAAACACAAGCGAAAUACUGCCAUCAUCGGGGGAGUAAUAGCAUCGGUGCUGAUCUCCCCCAUCCUGGCAGGCCUCGCCGUCGGCAUCGGCGUCCCCAUUCUCCUCUUCUACGUGUACGGCGUCGUGCCGCUGUCCUUGUGCCGUUCGGGCGGAUGCGGGGGUGGCAGCAGCGGCGGCGGCGGUCCGGCGUCGUCGGCGUCGGGGGCGGCGUCGUCUGCCGAAAACGACGCGCACGGCGACGCAGCUCGGGCGGGAGACUCGGCGUCCAUCGACGCCGCUUCGGCCAAGGGCGUCGGCGCGAUGAACCCCUCGAUCGGGGAAGCUAGUCUGUCGAUGGCCAGCGGCAGCCAAGUACUUAGUGACCAGUUCUGCCAUCCUACCCACAGGGGGGACAUCGAAGAGGACGGCGAAUCGUCCAGUACGCACGCGCUGGCGGGCAGCCUCGGGCAGGGCGGCGGGGGAGGGGCGGGCGGCCGGGGGCAGCGGCUCGACGUCCACGCCGAUUUGGCGUCCGCCCAGCGGUUCAGCCUGACGAGUCUCAGCGAGUCGGCGAACGCGAGCAGCAUAGCCGACGACGCGGCGGCCAGCGUUCGGGCAUUGGCCGGUUCGAUGCUAAACUACAAGACGCCCGGCAGCGACUCGUGCUCCUGCGUCACCACCGAAGACUGCUCGUCUGAGCGCGUGCGCUUCGACGACAACGUCAGCCUGGUGACGUCAUCGCAAGCGGAGAAGACGAGCAUCGGCAGCAGCUGCAGCUUCCGGGCGCGGUGCGUCGUCCGGCCUGCGCACAACGUCGCGCGCAGCGGCGCAGCGGGACACGCUGUCGAUGCGCUCAGCGACGACAGCAUCUGCAUCGAUAUCGACGAGAAGGCGUCGCUUCGGAAAUAUCCUUCACAGGCAGCCAUCCUGCGCAGUCAGUUUUUCCAUUCGAUCAACGAUGGCAAGCCGACAGCAAAAAGUCUCGACGAAAAAACCAUCAUCGAGGUGUCGAACGAAACCUUAGACAAACAGACGCGACCGCUCGUUUUUUUUCUCGAAAAUUGACCGACUCGCACCGACAUUUUUCUCAGCGCCUGCUACUUAAAUGAUUCGUCGUGAAAUAAAUAACGUGUAAACUUUCAUUGUAACUGAUUUACUGACCGUUAAUGACAGAUUCUGUACAACGUUUUUUUUAAUAUACAGGGUGUCCGGAAAUUAUGCGCAAAAAAUCAAGGAGGUGAUUCUACAUGAUGAAAUAAGGAAUUAAUUUCAUAUGUACGUGGGUCCGGAAAUGCAUAGUUUUCAACAUACAGUGUGUUAAAACUUGAUCGGUUUUUUAUGAAUAUCUCAAAUGUCCUUCCACCGAUUUUCUUGAAAUUUGGCAAUGAUAUUUUUUGUCAUGAGGGGCUGAUAUAACUAUAAUUCAAUUGGAAUUAUGAAAUUCAGUGGCGUCCCGGGGGGCAACCUACCGAAUAUUAUUGUUAAUAAAAUGUCCGCCACUGAUUUUUUUGAAUUUUGUAUCUCUAUAACCUAUUGACCAACUAAAAAUACAACAUUUUGGUCUCUUGAAUUGUUUUGAUAAUUUGCUUCAUUUCCAUGGAAAAAAAUAAAAACCAAUUUAUUGCAUAAAUUUUUGCCAAAAAAUUCCUUCAAAAACUGGGGUGAAAAUUAAUGCGUGAUCAAUCCCCAUGGACAUAGAAUAAUUAUGAAGAUUUAUUUUCUCCAAAUAUUUCUUGAUCCAUGUUUGACACACUCUACACUCUGUAUAUUGAGAACUAUGUAUUCUCGGUAAAGGAAGGCGUAGUUUUCGAUAAUACAAAGUGUGUCAAACAUGUAUUAUAAAAUAUUUGAAGAAAAUGAAUCUCCAUUCUUAUUCUCCGUCCAUGGACAUGGAUCACACAUUUAAUUUCACCCCUGUUUUUGAAGCAAUGUUUUGCACAAAUUUAUACAAUGCAUUGGUUUUUAUUUUUUUCUUCGGAAACGCAGCAGAAUAGCAAAACAAUUCAAGAGACCAAAAUGUUGUAUUUUUAGUUAAUCAUUAGGAUAUUAAGAUACAGAAUGUAAAACAAUCAGUGGCGCACAUUUUAUUGAUAAUAAUAUUCGGUAUGGUGCCCCCGGGACGCCACUGGAUUUCACAAAUCCUAUUCAAUUAUGGCUAAAUCAGCCCCUAAUGACAAAGAAAAUCAGUGCCAAAUUUCAAGAGAAUCGGUGGAAGAAUAUUUGAGAUAUUCAUAAAAAACUGAUUUUUUCUAAUAGGUUUAGCACACUGUAUCUUGAAAACUAUGCAUUUCCGGACCCAAGUAUAUAUGAAAUAAAUUUCAUGCUUUCUCAUGCAGAAUCACCCCCUUGAUUUUUUGCGCAUAAUUUCCGGACACCCUGUAUGCAUAUCUUUCAUGUCAUGAUUUUAAAGACAAUUAUCUAAUUGUGGUUGCAUACAUCGGCGUGGCCAAUCAAAUUUUAUUAUUAUUAUUUUUAUUGAAGAUGGGACUUACAGUCAGAAACAAGUUUUGGUAUAGGGAAGUAUACUUAACAAUUAUACACAACUAAAUUGAGGGGGCAAGUGGAAGAAGGAUGUUACAAGUAUGAGUUUGUGAGAAAAAUAGGUUUUAGUAAAGUUGGCUGGCAUUUUUUAAUGAAAGCUAGUUUAAUAAUUUGAUUUAUGCACUAGCGGGCCGUAAAGUGCACUUUACCGCCCGAUUUUGCGGGCGUUAAGUCGCACUUUACCGCCCGCUGUUCUCAGUCACCUUAUAUCCACAUAUCAAUUUAUGAAAAACCUAUGAUCAUAUUUCUAGAUUCUGAUAUAUCCAGCGGUAUAUCAUAAACUUCUUCUUCAUCCGAUUCCAUAGUCUCGCUAUUAUUAUUAUCACUAAUUUUACUUUUCAAUCGAAGAAUGACAAUUCAGCUCGUUUAUUGGAUGUAUUGCUAUAGACAACAACCAUCAGAUUGAUUGACAACGUAAAAAUAAGUUAGGUUUAUAUACUGGGUAUGCAUAUUGUCAAAUUCUGAAGAAUGAAUCUCUUCUACAGCUGAAAGAGUUUUACUAUUACGAUAAUUGCAAUAUUCGUACGAUAAUUUUCAUAUGUAAAUCAUCCAUGAACAUUACGCUUCUCUUGAUUACUGAAUUUAUACGUAACAAAUUAAAUUCUGGGGAAUAUUAGUUUAUCGAAAUCUAUAGUCAUUACUUAUGAGUCAGAAAAUAAACCACUAGUGCAUAAAAUGUUGUAUGUAUCUCGUGCGUGAAAUGCGUUUAUGGCCUUCAGCGUGUAAUGGCCCUCGGCUAACGCCAUCGGGUCAUUAUUCACGCCACAGGCCAUAAACGCCUACUUUACGCCCUUGAUACAUAAAUAACUAUUAUGCAAUUGUGAGGAAUAGUUUUGGGUUGUUUUUUUUGUGAUUCACCGCAUUUGGCUAUCAUAUCAUUUUUGAUAUACAUAUGGAUUCAUGCAUACAUAACCCCUUCUUGCAUUUCCUGAUAUGUAGAUAAUGGGCACUUAGCUCCUUCUUUCAUUUCGUUCUUGAUGUUUAGUGUAACAUAGUCCUUUCUGGUCACUGUGUAUCUACUCAGAUAUGAGAAUAGAAACAAAUCCUGACAGGGCAAGUUACAUAAUUAUGAACGUAACACCUUCUUCCAUGACAUAACCGAAUAUCUUCAGAAAAUGUUACUUGACCUCUUCUUCCACUUGCCCCUUCAAUUAUAACAAACUGGCAUAAAUAAUAACAUACGUUCAGAAAUGAUAAAUUUUUCAAGUUCGUAUUUGAAUUUGUGCAAUUUUUUAUAUUAUCUGGUAAUUUGUUUUAUUCGAACAGAGCAGCGUGGGUGAAUCUUUUUUGUCCUAUGGAAGAAUUAGCAAUAUCCAGAUGCAAUGAACCAUGUUUAGUUUCGUAAUCAUGAAUUUAAUUGUUUCGUGUUGAAAUAAAAUUGGAUUUCAAUCUUUUAUUUAUGGUAUUGUAUGUUAUUUUCAUAUUUUCAAUUUUGAACAUUUCUUUCAAUGAGAAUGUUUUUGUUAUUUUAUAUAACUGAUUUGUUGGUGUAUCAUAUGGUAAACGAUACAGUACUUUCAAUGUCUUUUUAUAUAAUGCAGAUAUUUCAUCAAAAUUAUGUCCCCAAACAUUUAUCAAAUAUUUAAUGCGACUGAGUAUAUGAGAAUAAAUAAUUAUAUUUGCAAUUUUUUUAUCGAGCUUGGGACAUCUUCUCAGGGCUCCAAUAGAUGUUUUUUUCAUUAAAACUUUCACAUGUUUGUCCCACUUUAAUUUACCAUCCAACCAAAUUCCAAGAUACUUUUUCUCAUUAUUUCGUUUCGAAGAUCCAUUUUUAAAUACUGUCUGUAGGUUAAUCGAGGAGGUGGUACAUUCAUUUUACUUGGUUCUUUGGGAUUUUCUCUCCUCGUUUCUAUAAAAUAAAAUAAAAGUAUUCGUAUUAUUUCAAUAUAUUUGUAGAGGGACAAAUCAGAUGAUUUGCCCCAAAAUGUCACUGCGUUUAACAAAUUUUUCUAUCAGGGAGUCUAAAAGAAAAAUCCAGUAGCUUGUCAGUGACAAUUUGUUUGAACAAAUUUUUGAAGGAAAGAAAUAUAGAUAUAUUGAAAAAAUAUCGAAUUUGUACUUAUCUUUGUAACUCAUUUGUAGACUAAAAUCACUCAUUCAUAUGCCAACAUCAGUAUAACACUGAAAAGUGUCAUACGCAGCACAACUUUCAAAGAAAAAUAAUUUGCAUUUACAUGUUGAGAACGGGAGCAGAAUCGGUCCCGAAACGUCCAAAGAUAAGUACAAAUUCGAUAUUUUUUCAAUAUAUCUAUAUUUCUUUCCUUCAAAAAUUUUUUCAAACAAAUUGUCACUGACAAGCUACUGGAUUUUUCUUUUAGACUCCCUGAUAGAAAAAAAUUGUUAAACGCAGUGACAUUUUGGGGCAAAUCAUCUGAUUUGUCCCUCUACAAAUAUAUUGAAAUAAUACGAAUACUUUUAUUUUAUAGAAACGAGGAGAGAAAAUUCCAAAGAACCAAGUAAAAUGAAUAUCCAUUUUUAAUCUUGGGAUUUAAAUUUAUAUAUUUCUUUUUUUUUUUGAAAAAUCUUAUAUUCUGUCUCACCAGUAUUUAUUGACAAAAGGUUUGAAUGCAGCUAUUUUUCAAAUAUCAUCAAGUCCAUUAAUUAUAUUUUCUAAAAUGAUAGGAUUUUUAUUUUCAUAUAAAAGCACCGUAUCGUCUGCAUAAAUAAUGUAAUUACUUUCUGUUUCAAUGUUGGUGAUAUUGAAUGUAUAAUAAAUAUAAGAUUGGUCCUAAAACAGAUCCUUGAGGAACACCUUUAGUCAUCGGUAGUCUAUGAGACUCUGAGUUGGUAGAUUUGGUACAGAUUUCGAACGAUUACUAAAUGUAUGCAAAUUUCUUGUGGAAAUUUGAAAAAAAUGAUACCGCGUGAAGAAUUUGCAUACGCCGGCCUCGUGUAGGAAGUCCCAAAAUUAUUAACUGAAUAUGUGAUAGAUAGUGUGAAUAAUUAUUUGAAAUCACAAUAAAGGUGCAAGUUAGUUCAGUUAGUAUAGUGAUACAACUAAUACCCAAAAUAUGGCUGCGAAAACGCAAACGUUCAAUAAUUUUUCGUAAUCCCAUACUGUUAUUUUGAUUUAACGGUAUUCAGAUGACAAUUGAAAAAUUAAUGUUAACAGCCUCCGUUUGUUAAGAUUCUUCAACGAUCGGUGGCCGUUAAAUCUUCCAUAACACGAUGUUGGGAUUUUUCUGUAGAAUUACAAUUUUCUGUAGGUAGGUACGUGGUUUGUUCUUUCCUCGAAAUCAAAAUUCAGUCUUUUAGCGGGAUUACGGAAUGUCCUGAACAACACACUAGUUCAGCAAUGCCCGCUAUUUCUCACCAUGUUCGUUCAUUUGAUAAAAAUCUUUCCGCGGUAUAAUUUUUUUCAAAUUUCAACAAAAACCAAUUCUAAUGGUUGUAAUGAUUGUUCCGAAUCAUCAAUUUUAUAAUAAUAAUAAUAUGUCUUUAUUUAUACCACGGUACAAAAGGGGGGAAUUCAGUCGCACACAUUCGAAGAAUGCAGGAGGCAGCUCUUCAAAUUUCAAAUUCAAAUUUGAAGCCGCGACAGGUGAGCCCAAUAAUUAGAAAAUUGUCUAGGACAUGUUGAAAACCCCUAAAAAUCAUGACUUGACAGAUGCAUUGAUUAAAGAAACGUUGCACAGAAUCUGGUAUUAACGGUCAGUCUAUAAUGAUGCCUUAUGUGGUGUCCCAAAUUCGAGGACAUUGUUGAAUUAUAAUUAUUGUGACCGAUUUCUCUUGAUGCCUGUACAAGGUGUUUUUCCAUCUGGGCCACUAUUCUUACGACUUCAAGAGUUAUUCAAGUCAAUGACAUUUGAUAGGCAUUCACGGAGCAUUCAACCUGACCUGAAUUUUUGGGACACCCCGUAUCAUCACUCAUACUUUGCAAUCGACUCCCCAAUUUCGGAACCUACUUAUGUGAAGCGAGUUUGUUGAUAAUUUUAUGUGAUUGUUGAAAUUAUAUAAGUGAGGCUUUUCUCUGUGUAUAUACUGGUAUACAGGGCUAUCUGAAACUUGUCAUUGACUAUGGAUACAAAGAAUAUUUUACCAAUCUGUAUCAUUCAAAUUGUUGAGAUCUAAAAAAUGAAAGGGGCAUACCAAAAAAAAGAAUAAAAAAUGAUAACGUCGUCUUAUAGGUAAUUUUUCAGUGCCAUCGUCAAAUUAGUUCACGUUUUGUGAUUUUAAAAUAUGUAUCAUGGAGUUCGCCUUGCACAAAUUAAACUUUUAUAUACCUUCAGUUUUCCAAGAUAAUAUGUAUUGGCGUUGUUUUCGGAUGGCCCUGUAUGUUGAAAUGGAAAUAUUGCCAGCAUUCCAAAAUAGGUUUUUAUGGCAUAUCAAACGAAAUAAAUGAACAUUACAAAUCCACUUUGAUGUCAGGUGUUUUAUAACGUCGGAUUUUUAAUGCACAUUAUUUCGUGCCAUAAGGCCCUAUUUUUCAUUAGUUGCUGACAUAAGACUUUAUAUUUGCUAGUGAAAUUUUUAAUAUCGAUUAUUUUGUUGAGUGAAUGUUAUUACUAUUGUUCGAAUAUGUAACAUAUUUUUAAAUUUCAUAGAAAAAAGUUUCAUUUUCUAUUAAGGAUAUUUUAAGAUUAUUUUUUUAAUUGUACUGUAACAUAAAAAUAUAUUACCGGAAUAUAAGUUAUUGUCUUAU